CCAACUAUGAAUCCAAGUUUCGACAUUUCAGCUUAGGUAGCUACCCUCUCGCGAUAACGAUUUGGCCCUUCUCAUCAAACAAUUCUCAGCAUCUCGGUUAUACUUGCCUCGUUUAUACCAGGUACUUAACGAAACCUACCCUAUGCACUUGCUUAGCAUACCCAAAUAACGACUGAUAAGAUACCUCUUGUAUUUGCUACCAUGGGUGGCUCUGCAUUCUCUUCUGGAAGCAAUCCGCUUUCCACUCCUCGGAUGUCUCCUCAUGUAUACCGUCAUGUCCUCGAUACGUGCCACGCAAAGCUUCGCGAGCUAUUCACUGUAGUUGCCAGUCCCAUCGAGGGACCCGCGAAGAAGGACUACGGAGAUAUCGAUAUCCUCGUAGCGUGGGAAAAGGAUGUGGUAUUGCCAUCUUCCGAGGCCGACGGCAUCUCAUCCUCAGAGCUCGGGCACUACCCCCUCGAGUUUGCCGCUUGCCUUCUCGGCGCCAAACAUGUCAUUAAAGAAUCUCCAACCGCCGCUCACUUGGCCAUCCCCUGGCCAGAAGAGUUACGCUCGGAAGGACCGAGCGACGACGGUCCUCGUUAUAUCCAGGUCGACCUUCACGUGUACGACUCCAUAGAGCACCUGAACUGGAUGCUAUUCAAGAACGCCCACGGCGACCUCUGGAACGUCCUCGGGAGCACCAUCCGCCCGUACGGGCUCACCGUCGACGAGGUCGGCCUGUACAUGCGCAUCCCCGAGAUCGAGCACUUCAACAAAAAGCAAGCCAAAGUCCUGCUCACCACCGACCCUUUCGAGAUCCUCCGCUUCCUGGGCCUCAGGUACGAGAGCGCGCAGUGGGAGCGGCCGUUCGGCUCGCCCGAGGAGCUGAUGGAGUACGCGGCCACGUGCCGCUUCCUCUGGGUGCGCCCCGAGCAGGAUAACAACAGCGACAACAGCGCGACGGAGGCCGGCGAGGGCGGCGAUUUUGAUAAGAACAAGAUGAAGUCCACCGACCGCCGGCGAGCCAAGUCCCGCGAACUCUUCCGGCGGUGGUACGAAGAGUUCAUCCCCGCGUGUCGCGCAGCAGGCCGUUUCGCCACGCCCAGAGCGACGCGGGACUCGGUGCGCGGGGAGGCGUUCGAGACGUUCCCCGGCACGCGACAGGUAUACCAGAACCGGCUGGUGGAGUGGCGCAAGGAGCGCCAGCGGUACGGGCUCUGGAGGGAAGUUAUUAAGGCGUCGAUACCGCAGCGUCGGGAGGGAGAUGAAGAAGAAGAAGACGAAGAGGUCGAGAAGAGACACUUGCGCAGCUUGGCGGCGAAAGCGCUGAAGAAGAUCGUCAUGAGCGACGACUACAGCCUAGGAAUACGGCCGCCGAUACCGCUCCGUAAUGAUGACGGGUUUUACAUCGAAGAGCGCGUGGAGCAAUUCGUCGUGGAUAAUUGGAGACAAAUCGGCCAGGCUGCCUGGGAGGAGAACCAGAAGAAAUCCACUGAAAAGCUCGCGGAGCAGACUGCUAAGAGCAAGUCUAAAGUCGCUGAAGGAAACUUAGCUGAACGUGGGAAGGCGGAAGAUGAGAACUAAAGAGUGAGAUAAGCAAAGAGGUGGCCUAUGGUGGGAGGAAAAAUGCAUUGCUCAAUGCUAGCAUGAACAUUUCACAUGGGCAUCUAAUAGAGACGCACCUUAGAGGUACCUAACACAUAGAUUUGGGUACCCAUACGGAGAGGCAAAGGUCUAGAGGCUACCUAAGGGGAUGGGCUGAUGUGCUGUGUUAUAUAAGUCUUUAGUUUACCAU